AUGCGGAAGGCCGCUGAAACUGUCGGCCAGCAAGGCCGCCAGAUCGAGGAUCUGAAGGAAGAAGUACUGUCUCCGCGGGGGCAGAGCCGCUGGGGUUGGUUUGCCCGAGGCACGGGCCAGAGCGGCCGCGAGCGUGACGGUGACGAUCCCAUGAAAGGCGAAGGCGUCUCUGCGGGUAGCAAUGAGCCAACGAUCACAGUGGCGACGGGCUCGAACAUGCCCGUGCCUCCUGUAUACCGCGGCUCCACGAAGAUGGAGAAAAAGACCUUCAUUGACAGCUACCUCAUCUACAAGCGGCGGGUUACGGCCUUAAACCAGGGCUCGUAUGGUCGCGUUUUUGUCAUGCCUCUGAGUGCUUGCAUUGAGCACCGGACGUUGAUCCGUAUCUGCAUGAAGACUGGAACGCAGGAAGUCCAAGACCGCGCGCGGCUAGCGCAGGCUAUGCGUUCCUUGGCGAUGAACACUACGCUACCCGACGCGGAGUCUCGAGUAAUGAAGCUAGUGACGGACUUCAAUGAGAUCCUGGAUGCGCAGGAUAUGGACGAUUUCCCCCUCUCGAAGAGCCCAAGAUGGCUACUGCCCGCCCUCAAGCAGACGGUCGUAACGGAGCUGAAGCGCACGGUGCACAAGUCGACGAAGAAGUCCGUGAAGGUAUUCGUCGAUUGGCUGCGAUCCAGAGUGUCAGGAUUCCUGGUUUUUGAAUCAGCUAUCCAGCAGACGACGAGAGGCGGAGGAAGCGAGGCGCACCAGCAGCCCAGGACGGGCAGCCCCCGUAAGUACCAUAAGUGCGGCGACCUGGCCCAUGGCGUAUUCCAGUGUCCCCUUGCGAGUGCGACAGAAGCGAAGUAG